UGAGACUCAAAGGAAUGGUAAAUCUCGUAAUGCUUCAAGUAGACAGAAAGAGUUUAUUAACGCUGUCCAAAGGACUCCAAAAGAUCACCUUUUGGGGGAAUGUCAAUCCCAGACAAAUGGUCACAUGGGUAGAAAUAACACGCACUUCUCAACUAUAGAACAUAAGCUCUUGGAUGCAGGGUCAAAUCAGAGCCCGAUUGGUGCGGAGGUCCGAGGGAAAAUUGAUGGAGCAUUCGACUCGGGUUAUUUAAUGACUGCAACUGUUAAUGGAAAGUUAUUCAGAGGAGUCUUGUUUGCACCAGGACUUGGAGAGGAAUGGGAAAAACGUGAAGGGCUUUUCAAAAGAGAAUCUAAAUGACCAUAUCUUGAACCAGAGAUUUCAAUUUCUCCAUAUUUGGAUCCUUAGGGAGUAUUUAGCAUAUGCUAUGGGAAUCCCAGAUGUUAAAGGAGAUUUGGAGCGCCUAAUUGAUGAUUUUGUUUUGAUGUGUUUGUUUGUGGGGAAUGACUUUCUACCUCACAUUCCCUCAUUGGAAAUAUCUGAGGUUGUCCACAGAAAAAGGGAAAGAAAGAAAGGAGUUAACUAGUAGCGUCUUCUGGAACUGAAUAAUAGACGUGGCCUAAAAUCUGUGAAAAAUAUCCCGUUUUCUUCUUCUUCUUUCUUUUCUCUCUCAAAUUGAAAUUGGAAUUUUUGGGAUGAAUUGAGGGGGAAUGAGUUGGUGAUCCUUCGAAGAAAGAAGGAUGUUGGAGGAUCAGGUGGCUUACCUCUUGCAGAGGUACCUUGGCAACUACGUCAGGGGACUCAACAAGGAAGCGCUCAAGAUCAGUGUUUGGCAAGGUUCGUUUUCUUAUAAUUACUCUUAUUUUCCUGGAUUUUAGACUUUGAAAUAAAUUUUUUUUUUUUGGUUGUGUAUUGAGGAUAAUUGGAGUUUUUUUUAAAUCAUUAUUGAAAUGUCUUCAGAACGGAUGAAUUUUCUGUGAUUAAUUCAAAGAGAGGGAGUGAAUGAGUUUAUUGACAUUAGAAUUUUGGAAAAUUUAAUAAGUUGAUGGAUUUAGAUUUUGGUUUCAUUUUGUCUUAUUGCUUCAAAUUCUACACUUAUCAGAUUUUACGGUUGAUUGGAUUGUAGUUAACUUAGUAGUGAGAGUAAAGAGUAAAUGCUUCGUUUCUGGUUGAUGGUUUACUCCUAAA